AUGUCUGACGACGAAGACUUCAUGCAGGAGUCGGAUGAGGAGCAGUAUGAUUUCGAGUACGAGGAAGACGACGAGGAGGACUCCGGAGAUGUCGGCAUCGAGAACAAAUACUACAAUGCGAAGCAGCUGAAGCUCACCGAUCCCGAGGAUGCCAUUGCUGAGUUCUUAGGCAUACCACCAUUAGAAGAUGAAAAGGGCGAAUGGGGGUUCAAAGGAUUAAAGCAAGCCAUCAAGCUUGAGUUCAAGCUGGGGCAAUAUGAAAAGGCGACAGAGCACUAUGCCGAGCUACUGACGUAUGUUAAGUCGGCUGUGACGAGGAACUACUCUGAGAAGUCGAUCAACAAUAUGCUGGACUACAUCGAGAAAGGGUCGGAUGGACCCAAGGCAGUAGCGUGUGUCGAGAAAUUCUACUCGCUAACGCUCGAGAGCUUUCAGAGCACCAACAACGAGAGGCUGUGGCUCAAGACAAACAUCAAGCUUGCGAAACUCCUGCUUGACCGAAAGGACUACAACAUUGUCACCAAGAAGCUUCGGGAUCUCCACAAAGCUUGUCAGAAGGAAGACGGCAGCGACGAUCCCAGCAAAGGCACUUAUUCUAUGGAAAUAUACGCCCUCGAGAUCCAGAUGCACGCUGAGACCAAGAACAACAAGCAGCUCAAGCGCCUCUACCAGCGCGCCCUGAAGGUACGAUCGGCUGUUCCCCACCCCAAGAUUAUGGGCAUCAUCCGCGAGUGCGGUGGAAAGAUGCACAUGAGCGAGGAGAACUGGGUCGAGGCCCAGACAGACUUCUUCGAGUCCUUCCGCAAUUAUGAUGAGGCCGGCUCGCUGCAGCGCAUCCAGGUACUAAAGUACCUGCUUCUUACGACCAUGCUGGUCAAGUCAACCAUCAACCCAUUUGACUCGCAAGAGACCAAGCCAUACAAACAAGAUCCUCGUAUCACUGCCAUGACGGAGCUAGUGGAUGCCUAUCAGCGCGACGACGUUCAUGCCUACGAGAACGUCCUCCAGAAGAACCAAGACAUCCUUGCCGACCCUUUCAUCGCCGAAAAUAUUGAUGAGGUGACGCGCAAUAUGCGCACCAAGGGCGUCAUCAAACUCAUUGCACCAUACACACGAAUGAAGCUAGGCUGGAUCGCUAAACAGCUCAAGAUCUCGGAGCCCGAGGUUCAGGACAUCCUUGGCUUCCUGAUCGUUGACGGCAAGAUCGAUGGCAAGAUUGACCAGCAGGCUGGCACGCUCGAGAUUCAGUCAGACGCGGAUAGUGACCGCACCAAGGCGUUGUAUGAGCUUACGCAAUCCGUCUCCAGCCUCUACGCGACCGUAUUCAAGGAGGGAGAUGGCUUCCGGUCAACUGAUUUCCCCACUGACGAGCAGGCCAUGGAGCUGAUUGGUGGCGGCAUGACACCCAGAAGUGGCGGUUUACGAGGUCACCCGCGUGGGCCUGGACGGAAGGGCAAGGGAGUGAUGCCUUUGUGGACCUGA